UUACCCUUUACCGCGGUAGUUACUAGACUUUUGUAUAUGAUAACAACGAGUAUAUACCGGUAUCAGUACAUUUUUAUCGAUGAUUGAAAUCAGCCGGAGGUGUAAACAGUGUUAUAUGAAUUCGUAUUGUAACUUUAGCAAUGUUAAUCGCAUGCAGAAUCUUUAUCAAUAUAAUGAGCACAUGGAAAUUAUUACAGCGUCGGUGUUACGAUCUACUUUCAUAUAAAUAUUCGCUGUUAGUGAUAUUGACAGCAUUUACUUGCAUAUUUAUCGGCAUUGUUCAUUUUGGAGAGAUGUGGAUAACAUGGAGUAAAGAGAAAUACGAAGCAGUGUUCCAUUCUUUCAAUGACAAUAUAUUAGGUAUCUCUUUCCAAAAAAAAUUAUGCCAACAUGUUCCAAUAGAUGUUGUAUAUACGUGGGUCAAUGGGUCAGAUCCAGUCUUCUUAAAAAAUCUUAAAGAGCAUAUUCCUAUAAUGGAUGUUAACACAGCUGCUUCCAGAUUUAGUGAUAAAGAUGAAUUAAGAUAUUCAUUACGUUCGUUGGAAAUGUAUGCACCCUGGGUGAGACACGUGUAUAUUGUUACAAAUGGUCAAAUACCGAGUUGGUUAGAUAUGGAUAAUCCUAAAGUUACACUUAUUACUCAUGAAGAUAUAUUUUUAAAUAAAAGUGAUCUUCCAACAUUUUCUAGUCCAGCUAUUGAAAGUCAUAUUCAUAGAAUUCCUGGAAUUUCAGAUAAAUUUUUAUAUUUUAAUGAUGAUGUAAUGCUAGGAGCAGAAGUGUGGCCAGAAGAUUUUAUUACACAAGCAAGUGGCCAAAAAGUGUAUCUUGCAUGGUGGGUUCCUGAUUGUUCAGAUGUUUGUCCUUGGGCCUGGGUGGGUGAUGGAUCAUGUGAUCCUGCUUGUAAUACAACAUUAUGUGAAUUUGAUGGAGGAGAUUGCGAUAGCACACCAGUUCCUACUGACAGUGAAGCUCUCGAGGAAGAGGGAGACUAUCCACACAAACUUUUACAAGAUCCUCUAGAAGAUACUAACUAUGGAUUAAAAUUUUUAAAUAUCUUUAGAAACAGAAGUAUAAGUACUAUGUGGAAUGAUACACAAUUGUCUAUUCAACAAACAUUCCCAAAUACAGUCACAAAUCUAAAGAUGCAUGUAAAUAAAUCUUAUAAUUUCAAAAAUAAUAAUUACGCGAGUUCCAUUGAAAGAUAUUUUAAUGAACAAUUGAAUGAAAAUGAUCAAACCGUACCAACCCAAAAAUCGAUGAUAUCAAAAAUGAUAAAUAAGAUAAGACAUCAAACAUUGAACGUUACUGAGAGACGUCUGCAAUUGAAACGUUAUUUAAAUGAUGAUAUCAUGAACUUACCACAAGUUAGUAGUACCACAAAAGCUAAUCAUAAAUCGACUCAUUCUGAUCAAUGGAAACUUCGAACAAGACAACUUGAUACAUAUGCCGAAUCUUUGCUAUAUGUGAAUAGAAUAUAUAAUAUGGCAUAUGGUUUCGAACGUAGAAGAGUACCCGCUCAUAUGCCCCAUCUAAUAGAUAAAUGGAUCGUUGCUGAUAUGCAACGAAAAUUCGAGCACGAAUUUAGAAAAACAUCUAGCCAUAAAGUUAGAAACUCUGAAGAUAUGCAAUUUGCUUUCUCUUACUUUUACUUUCUAGCUAGUGAGAAACGGAAAGUACCAAUUGAAGAAAUAUUUGAUACAUUUGACACGGAUAAAUCAGGCACUUGGUCAGAUAGAGAAAUUAGGACUCUUUUAUCUAGACUUUAUCCACUUCCUCUUGAUUAUAGUCUAGUCGUUGAAUUUGAAAAUGCAAUAACGAAUUGUUCAAAUCAUAUAAAAGUUACUAAAGUAUUAAAUCCACCACCUGGUGAAAGAUAUUUGGAUUCAUCUCUUCCGAUUGUAACUAAGGAAUUGAUAGCAAAAUGCGAAACGGUUUCACGAAAAAUUAAAGACAAAUUCAGUCAAGAAAAGCUUUACCCACACGAAAUAAUUAAAGCUGGAAAAAAUGAAAUAUUCGAAAUGUUAACAAGCAACGUGUCUUUAACAGUACAACUUUUAGACGAGAUACGUAGAGAUCCAAAAAAAUUUAUUUGCUUAAAUGACGAUAUGGAUCCCCUUCGACGUUCUGAGAACGAAAUAGUUCGGGCAUUAUUGAACGAUUUUUAUCGCUCACUCUAUCCAUUACGCAGUACUUUUGAAUUGCCUUUGCAAUAUCGAAAUCUUUUCACUCAUCGACAUAAGCUCCUUGAGUGGAGAUCUAAUCGAACAAGGGCCAGAAAUUUGUUGUUAUGCCUUAUCCUUUUAUUACUUCUUACGACUUUCUAUCACUUAUUUUAUCAUCAAGUGCGUCGAUUAUUCAGAAUACGAGCACUACCCAUAUUACUCGUUUAAGUCUAAGGUACAAAUGCAAAAAUAGGAUAAAUAUAUUGAUAUCUUUUAAACAGAGCAACAUUUUCUAAAUAUUUUAUGUGAUAUAGGAUUGUGUUUUAUACAGAUAAUUCCCAUACAAAUUUGUACUAUUUUAGCAGAUAAUUCAUCUAUUUUAUUGUGUGUUUUACAUCUACAAGUCCAUCCACAAUUUAGAAGUGAUAUUUGAAGAAACAAAAUACAAAUCUCUUUGUUUGUUUUAAAAAAUUCAUUUAGAAGGUAACAUUCGUUGCUAAGAAUCGAUACUUUAUAAGGUAUAAUGUAUAAUAAGGUAUGAACAAAUAGAUAUUUAGUGUCGCGUUAAAAUUAAGUAAAACGUUCCUGUGAUAUUGAUAAAGUACUGAUUGUCUUUGUUUGUUUCUCUCUUAACAAAAUGGAAGAUUAGAUCUCAUAAAUUUUUCUCCAAGAUGAGUGUAUCAUGAUAUGUAUAUUCACUUUACACUGAGAUUUGAGAAGUUAUAUAAGAUUUAAAAAAUGUAUAACACUUUUAAAGUGUUAUUAGUUUAUAGUAUUUUAAUAUCUCUCUAUUCUAAUGUGUAGUACAAUUUUUUACUAGAAAAUUACCCGGUUAAUAAUUGUUGAAGAUAUGAAAUGUACCAAAUUUGUACUUACUGUUAAUAGAAUAUUGGUAUUAUUAUUGAAGUAGAAUGCCAUUAAACUGAAUAUCUUUUUAAUU